GUUUAACCGAGAGCUAAUAAGUCUAACUAUAAAUUAUUAAGACGUAAUUUAAUUAACAAAAAAAAAAAACCCACAACUCGUCGAUUAGGAAACGAAACACAGGAGAAGCAAGAGUUUUGCUUCAAAAUGAACAAACAACGACUUUUAUUUAGUUUAAUUUUGUGGUGCCUAAGUGCUCCGAGUCUCCAAAUACGCAUUCCGGAGGAUCUGGAAAAUGACGCCGUUAACGCUUUGAGCUCGGAACGGGCACGUUCUUUGACCCAGUGCGGUCAGGGCGGCGAAAGCAAAGUGGCCGAUGAGUACGAUGUGUGUCCGCCGAGUAAGUACCGCCAGCCCACCGCCGAGUGCAACAAUGUGUCGCACCGCAAGUGGGGAGCCCGUGGAGAUAUCUUCCAACGUCUGCUCCAGGCCGAUUACGCCGAUGGUGUUAGUCAGCCGCGGAGUUCCAGUGGCACUCACGCCCUGCCCGAUGCCGAGCUAGUUAUCGAGCAACUCCAGCAUCAUGUGGAAAGCGAUUUGCGCCAUCCUCACAUUACUGCCAUGCUGCCGGCCUGGGGUCAGUUACUGGCCAAUGAUUUGUAUGAAGUCGGUCAGUUGCCCAUUGGUGGCAAGUGCUGUGAACGCGACUCGGCCGUCAAGGAUCCCAGCGAGCUGCAGCAAUGCUUUGUGCGGGCAGGACCAGAUUGUAAGGAGUACAAGAGAUCGGCUCCAGGAUUCGAUGUAGAGGCUUGCCAGAAACAUGUUCGCCAGCAGAUGAAUAUUGCCUCGGCGUACAUUGAUGGUUCCGGUUUGUAUGGAUCAACCCGUCACGAAUUCGACCAACUUCGCACCUACAUCAGUGGUGGGGUGAAAGUGGAGACUUGUCGCUAUUGCCAGGUGGCUGGAGCCACUGGAGCAUUGCAUCGGGCUCUGCUGCAGCAGCACAACAACAUUGGCGAGCAAUUGGCUCACAUCAAUCCCGAGUGGUCGGAGGAGGAUGUCUUCUUGGAAGCCAGGCGCAUAAUCACUGCCACCAUACAGCACAUUACCUACAACGAAUUCUUGCCAUUGGUCCUGGGACAGGAGACAACAGCCAAGGAAGGUCUCCGACUGACUCCGGAGAAACAUUCCAGCAACUACUCUAGUUCGGUGCGCGGUGGCAUCUACAAUGAGUUCGCCACCAGCGCCAUGCCUGCUUUCUGGAGCAUGUACCCGCCCGAGAUGUUGUCCAAUAAGAUGUCCGCCCACGAGUUGCUUUCGAUCGCCGCCUUGCAAAGAUCCCUGGUGCCUAGCCAGACAAACGCCGAAGGCUGGUCCGAACUGGCAUUGGCCGUGCAUCGUGGACGUGACCAUGGCGUUGCCUCUUACGUGCAUGCCCUGGACUUGUGCGAGCGCCGUUAUGCCGAGAAGAACAUAGCCAACGUAACCUUUGAUGGUCUGGUCUCGCUGAGCAAUAUUCCCGAGGAGUACAUCACCAAUCUGAGAGACAUUUACCAGAAUGCUGAGGACAUUGAUCUCCUUGUUGGAGCCCUUCUGGAAGAGCCUGCUGUGGGUGCUCUGUUUGGACCUACAAUCACUUGCCUGUUGACUCUGCAAUUCGAGCAACUCAAGCAGACCGAUCGUUUCUGGUACGAGAAUGAGAUUCCUCCAUCCUCAUUCACCCUCGACCAACUCAAGAGCAUACGCCAAACCACUUUGUCAGGAUUACUGUGUGGCUCUCAUCAAGUCGCUACGGCCCAGUCCAAGGCUUUUAUUCUUGAGGAUAACUAUCUAAACUCUAUCCUGGACUGCACUCAGUUGCCUGCUUUCGAUUUGCGUCCAUGGAAAAUCAAUAGUGAGGACGAACUUCAUGUAGAACAUGUCGAGGUUGAACCAGACACCAAAGAAGCAAUUGCCGAACUCAGUCCCGAGCUAAUUGAGGCUGCUGUAGAGCGUGCAAAACAGGAGUUGGAAGAGCGUAAACGAUUUGAGUACGAGGUGUGGCGAGCACAGGGCGGAAUCAGUGCUCGGUCUCCCGAUGGCACAGCCGCCUCCUUCAGCAAAGCCAAUCUGGCUGCCUUGAACAUGGCAAACUCAUCGCUUAUCUUUGAGCUGGCUUCCAAUGAGAUCGUCAAGUCGCUGAAUCGCAUUACCAGACGCAAACGUCAAAUCUUCAAUCCCAAUCAGAGCGCAUUUAAUCGCAAUGAAUUGACCGACACGCUGCAGACUGUCGACAUUAGCUCCUUUAUUGGCGGCCCUGCACCGGGAACCAUUGAUGAGUGUCCUGAGCCAACACAGCAAUGUGAUGCCAAUACUCCGUUCCGAACCAUCUCCGGCAGAUGCAACAAUCUGCGCAAUCCCAACUGGGGCAAGUCGCUAACCACCUUCUCUCGCUUGUUGCCUGCUCAGUAUGAGGACAGCAUUUCUGCCCCUCGAGUAACGGGUGUGACUGGAACACCUCUGCCCAAUCCACGUACCAUUUCCACAACUAUUCACCCGGAUAUAUCCAAUCUGCAUACUCGCUACUCUCUCAUGGUGAUGCAGUUCGCCCAGUUUGUGGAUCACGACUUAACUCUGACCCCCAUCCACAAGGGUUUCCAUGAGUCCAUUCCCAGUUGCCGUGCCUGUAACUCCCGCCAGACUGUCCAUCCCGAAUGCAAUCCCUUCCCAGUACCCUCCGGCGAUUUCUAUUACCCCGAGGUGAAUGUGACAAGUGGAGAGCGCUUCUGCUUCCCCUCGAUGAGAUCUCUGCCCGGUCAGCAGUCUUUGGGACCUCGUGACCAGAUUAAUCAGAAUACCCAUUUCUUGGACGCUUCGAUGGUGUAUGGCGAGCACGUCUGCCUAAGCAACAAGCUGCGCGGCUUCUCUGGUCGCCUGAACAGCACAGUGCAUCCUAUUCGUGGAAAGGAAUUGUUGCCCCAGACUGCCACUCAUCCAGAAUGCAAGUCUCGGAACGGCCUUUGCUUCGUUGGCGGCGACGAUCGUGCCUCCGAGCAGCCAGGACUAACAGCCAUUCACACCACUUUCCUGCGCGAGCACAAUCGCAUCGUUGAAGGUCUGCGCGGAGUGAAUCCCCAUUGGAAUGGAGAGCAAUUGUUCCACCACACGCGCCGUAUUGUGAGCGCCCAAGUGCAGCACAUUGUCUUCAACGAGUUCCUUCCACGCAUCCUAAGCUGGAACGCUGUGAAUCUUUAUGGACUGAAACUGUUGCCCCAGGGCUAUUACAAGGACUACAAUCCGUCUUGCAGUCCCAUCGUUUUCAAUGAGUUUGCAGCGGCUGCUUUCCGCAUUGGCCACUCCCUGCUCCGUCCACAUAUUCCUCGUCUCAGUGUUCAACACCAGCCCGUCGAUCCUCCUCUUCUAUUGCGUGACGGCUUCUUCCGCAUGGACGCUUUGCUGCAGCCUGGCAUUGUUGAUGAAAUCCUGCGUGGCUUAGUAGCCACUCCCAUGGAGACUUUGGAUCAAUUCAUCACCGGCGAGGUGACCAAUCAUCUGUUUGAGGAUCGUAAGAUUCCUUUCUCGGGCAUCGACUUGAUUGCCCUGAAUAUUCAGCGAGCCCGUGACCAUGGUAUUCCAUCGUACAACAACUACCGAGCCCUCUGCAACCUGAAACGCGCUACCAACUGGAACGAUCUGAGCCGCGAAAUACCCACCGAAGUCAUUAAUCGCUUCCAGAAAGUUUAUGCCAGUGUGGAUGACAUUGAUCUGUUCCCUGGAGCCAUGACAGAGCGUCCGUUGCAGGGUGGUCUGGUGGGACCCACUUUGGCUUGCAUCAUUGGCAUUCAGUUCCGUCAGUUGCGCAAGUGCGAUCGCUUCUGGUACGAAAAUCAGAAUCCCGAGGUUAAGUUUACGGAAGCUCAGCUGGCUGAGAUACGUAAGGUUACCCUGGCGAAGAUUGUUUGCGAGAAUCUCGAAGUCACUGGAGACAUGCAACGUGCUGCCUUCGAUCUGCCCAGCAAUUUCCUAAAUCCUCGUGUGCCUUGCGCAUCUAUGCCACAAAUUGAUUUGAAUGCCUGGCGUGAAAAUGUCCAGGGUUGUCAGAUUGGCAAUCGCAACGUACGUGUGGGUGAAUCCGCUUUCCCAUCACCUUGCACCAGUUGUGUGUGCUCUUCCGAAGGGGCUCAAUGCGCCUCUCUACGCAUCACAGAUUGCGGCCAACUGAUCCGCCAGUGGCCCAAGGAGGCUAUUUUGCGUGACGAGGUCUGCAACUCUCAGUGUGGCAUCUAUUUGACUGGUCAGCAGGCCAGUGGCUUUAAUCCACAGCAGCGACAAGGCCACGCUCAAUCCCGUGUCACCAGGUCACGCAAUCAGAACCUCUUCAAAUUCCCCGACCUGACGCCAUUCAUUGCUUCCUUGUAAAUACACCCAGCUGGAUCCGAUAUAACCUUCACAUAGUUUGGCCAAUUUUGUAAAUAAAUUUGACGCUUUGUACAUACAAUGUCUCUAAAUCUAUGUACCACUUGAUCGAGUCGAGAACGUCCAGGAAAUAAUCAUCCACAUUUACAACUGCCAACUCGGAGCAACAUUUCUGGAAAGGUUCCGAAAUAUUUGUGUAAAUCUUAAAUUAAGCCAGAACUAAUUUCGUUAGCAUUUCUCUUUAUAUGUAUGUUAUGUAUUCUACACCUAAACAUAUCAAUGUACAAUUUAAUAUAUAUGUGAAUCUAUUAUCAUAUGUAUGCCUAAUAAACAAACUUAAAUACUUAAA